GAAACACUGACAGCUCAGUCGUUCCAUCUCCCAUGGUUCAGCGACACGGCCCACGCAGACCGCUCUCCGACUCUCUCGAAAUUAUGGGCCCCGAUUCUGAAUCUUCGGACACGGAGGCUGAGUCGGUCGACACUGCCCUGAACAUCAAAGGUGGUCUGCGGUUUCGCGACAACCCCACCACCCAGAAAGCGCACGUCAUUCUGCGACGCGUCGCGCGGGACGAGGAUGAAUCGAGCGACAAAGAAGGGGGCGACGAUGUCGUGUACUUCAAGCUCUUCGCGUUUAAAUCCAUCAAUCUCAAGUCUGGAAAGGAACUACUGUUGACAGUCGAGACUGAAGACGAUCAUUUUAGAGACCGCGUCGUGUAUCUGGAAGCGAAUGUGGACUACGGGGAAGAAGAAGAUUCUGAUGCCGAAGAUGCCACCCAGGUUGAGGAAGAGCAGGAGGAGCAGGAGGAUAUCGCCGAGUUGACGCAAGAGGCUGAGGAGCAUAUUCCUCCAAAGAUGCGUCGACAUUGGUACAAAAGAGUUGAGGAAGUAAGCCCGCCCACGAGACUAUUUGCCACAGUUGGCGUGCAGACAGAUCAUAAUUACGUGUCUGCUGCGACUCAGGUUGAUUCUCCCGCUGCCAAUGCCGUAUCCAUUGGUCUGCAGACUCUACCAGAACAGUCAUCCAUCUCCCAGAACUCCGUUCUCGUGCAAACGGAUGAACUGGAUUUGGAUGCAGUGGUAGUUCAACAUAAACAGAACCCCGAGAAUGUCGUUUCGAGACCCACACUACUCGAACCGCUGACGAUCGAGCAGUCGCCGUCCACUUCAGAGCCCAUGGAACUGUCGCCUGUGAUUUCAGAGCUUGAAGCCCUUCCGGAAAUCGUCGUCGUUCAGACUCCACAUUCUCCGCUGCCUGCGGGGAAAAUGGAUAGUGGAGACUCGAACACGUCCAUGACUUCCUGCCAUCGCCCGGCGAAACCAUUGUUCAAUCCAUUUGUGUCGGGUGGUUUCAUCACAAAUUUCUCAGGCGCUGUGGGAGACGUUGAAUGCUCCGAGGCGACCGAGGAUCCGUUCCCUGUUGCCUCGCCGCGUGCGCUGAGUGCACGAGAUUCGACGGAUGCCAACUCUGAUUCCGUCCCCGUCCCAUCCUCAUCGUCUGGUGCGGCCGCUUCUGAGGCAGCCGAUGCGCUGUCCUCUGAUUCUGUUCCAAACAACCAUGAGCCACAAAUUGCACGCUCAUUCAUGCACCCUGACCGUCGCUCCCUGAUAGAUGCUGUGCAUCCCGACCGCCACUCACUUGUUGAUCUCCCCGCGAAGCCUGCGAAGAGACGAAGACAUACGCAUCGUGGCCGGCCAAAAGCUAGAGAUCGCGGUGGCGAGGACAAGGAUCCCGGCCUUGAAUCUGAUAGCUUUUGGUCCAGAACGAAGAGCUCUGAUCCAUUGACCAAACGGGCUGAACCACAUAACAAACCGUACUGGAGACCAGCCGAUGCUGAUCCUGCGGAGUCGAGCUCUGGCCCUUCAACGUCGUCCACGGACUUGCGAGCGUGGUCCCAGGUUCGCUCCGGUUCAGCUGAUAAUCCGCUCAGCAUGCGACCAUGGCGCGUGGUCCCAGUCGGACCGGUUGACGGUCACGCCAAUGAGGCUCUUCAACCAAAGCGACUGGACCCUGUCGGACACAGUGGACCUCUUGUGCUGGAGUCUGCCGUUUCACGGACCCAACGCAGUGUAUCGCUGGAUCAGCCGAGCAGCUCCCGGGUACCUGCGGCGAACUUUGACGAUGCCCUCGAUUACGGAUCACCGCCUCCUGACUGCUAUAACGUCCGCAAAGCUUGGCUCAAGGAUCCUCAUGACGACGAUCCACACCAACCGACUCUCAUUGGAUCCUAUAGAGCAUUUCCCAUAGAUCUCACCUCGCCAGUUCUGUUCUCUGUUGCAGGCCACGAGUCGUCCGUUCAUAUGGACCCGAGCGGGUCAUCGACGCGUGCAGACUCCCAUCCUCCGCCCAAUGAGCCGGCAGCAGUAGUAUACCUGAAUCAUGGGGACCCCGAUCCAUCGUUGUCCAGAGGAAGCAAGCGCAUCCGGUCGCCUUCGCCAUUACCCUUGGUUCAUGCUGCCAAAUAUGAUCAUCCCUGGCCGGCAACUUCCUUCCAGGUUCUCACGACUCUUCACGGCAGGGGCAUCCGCCGCAUCGUGUCGAGCCCGGAUGACUCGGUCCUAGUGAUGCUUUGCGACGACCGCACCGUCGAUAUCUGGAACGCCGGACGUCUUGAGCAGGUCCAUGUGACGUCUGACCCCCCGAUCUCCGCAAUCGCAUGGGCGAAUGGCAUCUUGGCUCUCAGAGAAGACGGGGUCCUCGGCAAAUGGAUGCGGAAGCCUUCGCACGACGGCUGGGUCUGGCUGGAUAUACUAGCUGCGGGUGAAAAGGCUCUUGACGAUUCAUGUCUGGCUUGUACGCCGGACAAAAUCGCCGUGUCGUUCCCUCGCUCGGGAGUUAAGGUGUGGACGCUGGUCCAAGGAGGGUGGCGGCAGCAGCGCUCAAUCAUGCGGUACAAUGUUACUGCGUUGGCCUUUACGGAAGACGGUGGUGCACUUUUGGGAGGAACGAAAGAUGGGGUCGUGUGGCACACCCAGGUGCCCAACGGCACCAUGCGAGCCUGCGCGUUCCUUGAAAAAAAAAUCACGUCCAUAGCGAUAAGCUGCACGGGGAAACAGGCUGUGGUAACUCAAGGUGGCCAACAUUCUCCGUGUCUCAUCAGUCUCGAUCCGACGAGCAACCGAGAUGCAAAAAUAAUGCAAGCACCAUAUUUGGCCCCAACGCCGUUCGCCGUCUAUGCUUCGCGGGGCAGACUCAUCGUCUGCGGUAAAAGCAGGAACUGUCUACUCGCGUGGGAUACAGACGUUCAAAUUGUGCACGGCUUCGAGCUCCCUGAUGAAGUCGCCGUCGUCAUUCAAACCGUGGCUAGCUCCGAUUCAUGUGUGGUAGCGGGGACAGACGAUGGACGCGUGCUGUGGUGGCCAGGCUCUCCGCUCCCGGUAGAUUCUGUGGCACAAUACAAGCGUAGUAGAGCUACUUAAGUAGUCUCCGCUCUUGACACAAGCAUAAUUCCGGAAUCUACUACUCGCUCCUCCACGAUGUGUCGGCAGAAGUCUAAGGAUCUUUUCUGGCACCAGUCGCAAAAGAUGUCGGAUUUGCAUGGUUGCAGUCUGUUAGCCUUUGCGUUUCGUUCGGCGGACGUAAGAGAACCGGGCCAGAGCACGGCGCCGAAAAUAAUUCGGAGAUCGCGAGUGAUGUUUGCUGUUGUUGGACGUCGAUCAACUGUAGCAACUCCCUCUUGCGGCACCUUUGGUAUCGUCCUAGAUAUCUCCAGGCUAUCGGCCCUUGUUCCUACUCUAUUUUCAUCUGACUUUCCGUCGAGGCUGAUCGAGUAGCGUCCAGGGUACGCAACAGUGCAGGCGACCAGCAUAUUCAAUUUCUUGCCAUCCCCGCAAACCGACCGCUUUAGACUCCUUUUCCAAUCAUGCAGACGAUCAAAUGCGUAGUUGUUGGCGAUGGUGCUGUGGGAAAGACUUGCCUCCUCAUCUCUUACACAACCAACAAGUUUCCCAGCGAAUACGUCCCGACUGUCUUUGAUAACUAUGCGGUGACUGUAAUGAUUGGAGACGACCCGUACACAUUAGGACUCUUCGAUACCGCUGGUCAGGAGGACUACGACCGACUGCGUCCACUAUCAUAUCCUCAGACCGACGUGUUUCUUGUGUGCUUCAGCGUGACAUCUCCUGCUUCGUUCGAAAACGUCAAGGAAAAGUGGUUUCCGGAAGUGCACCACCACUGCCCUGGCGUCCCGUGUCUCAUUGUCGGGACCCAAGUGGAUCUGCGGGAUGAUGCCCAAGUCAUCGAGAAACUCUCCAGGCAAAAGCAGCGCCCUAUUGCGAACGAGCAGGGAGAGAGGCUCGCACGUGAACUGGGCGCUGUGAAGUAUGUGGAGUGCUCGGCUUUAACGCAGAAGGGCCUCAAGAACGUGUUUGAUGAGGCUAUUGUCGCUGCCCUCGAGCCUCCGGUUGUGAAAGGCAGGAGUAAGACGAAGUGCAUUAUCGUUUAGGCAAACUGUGGCAGACGCGUGAUGCUAGUCUUCAUGGGCUCAUUUACGAAUUACUAUUACGACGCGACUGCCUUGACUCUCCUGGUAUUGUCGUAUAUCCACUACUUUCUCUUUAUCUGCUUUUCUAGUUAAAUUCAUAUCUUCCUGUCUGGUCUAUGCUCAACUUAUGGUCGUACCCUGGCUCCUGUGGGAUUCUACGGAUGCUCCAUAUUUUGUCGCCAGCAGCCUGCAACAGAGGCUGGAAUAAUUAUUCCUCCUUCCACCAGUGCACAGAAAGUUG